CUCGUCGCACCUUAACCGAGUCCUCAAGCAACAAUAUUUUUAUUUCUUGUUCAUUUCUUUACAUUAUUUUUAUCUCAUUUCUGGUUUAAGAUAAAAUUCCAGGUUAAUAAAACCGUCAAGGAGUGUGAAGGUACUUGGAUAUAACAUGGACGAAGUUACUGAAAGAUGCAUAAAAGAAUACAAUCUUACUCGACAAGAGUUAAUAGAUGAAAAAUCCGGUAGGUCCCAAGCCGAUCAGAGAAUAAAAUGUUUUUACGCAUGUCAUGGUAAAAUAGCAGGAUGGUUGACAAACGAUGGUGAGCUUAUUCGAGAUAAAUUAUUCAAGCCUUUAUCAAAAAUUCCCAAAGAGCAUUGGCCAGCAGCCGAAGCUUUCGCUCAAACAUGUCUUAAAAAGAGUGAAGAUCCAUGCGACACAGCUUUUUUCGUACAAAAGUGCAUCGAAGCACAGACGAGAAACAACAAGUGAUGAAGAUAAAAUCUGUUUCUGAAUCUACGACAAAGGACUUGAAUACUAAUGUCAACCGGCUAAUAAAAAUAUAAAAAAGAUUUGCACAAA